AGUGCACAGACGACACUCGCACGCGGUAUACGAUCAUAGUGUUCAGGAUACCGCACCGCCGCGAUUAAUACUCCGCGAACUAAUGUUAUGUUUAGUUGAUUAUAAAUAAAAAAAUAUCGUUACGAAAAUACAAAACGCGUUUCAUAAUGAUAACAAUGCUUUCAAACUCUAAACUGUUGUGGGGUCUGUGGCAAGUGGUGAGCUGCUAUUCUUCGCGUACAACAGUGAUGUUGCUGACCGUUUGCGUGACAUUUUUGGCUAUGCGACUAAUAAACUUAGUGCGUGAAAACCGUAAACUGCCGCCUGGGCCAUGGAGUCCACCCGUCGUCGGUUACCUGCCAUUCCUUGGUGUUCGUCAUAAAACAUUUUUGGAGCUUGCUAGAAACUAUGGUGCGCUGUUCUCCGCUCGUCUCGGGAACCAGCUAAUGGUUGUGUUGAGUGACUACAAGUUAAUUAGAGAAGCUUUUCGUCGAGAGGAGUUCACCGGCCGUCCUAGUUCUCCAUUAAUGCACAUAUUAGAUGGAUUAGGUAUCAUCAAUAGCGAGGGCAACCUGUGGAAAAACCAACGUCGAUUCUUACACGAAAAACUGCGUGAGUUUGGCAUGACUUACAUGGGCAAUGGCAAAAAAAUUAUGGAAACGAGAAUUAAGAAUGAAGUUAAUGAACUAAUAGCGAACCUACAACGUGCAGACGGUGCACCGGUAGAUGCAAACCCGAUACUGGCUCUUGGCAUAUCUAAUGUGAUCUGCGGUAUUACUAUGUCAGUUCGCUUUAGCCACGGAGACGCGCGCUUUACACGACUUAAUCAAUUAAUUGAAGAAGGCAUGAGACUCUUUGGAGAAAUUCAUUACGGAGAAUAUAUCCCACUGUAUAAUUAUCUUCCCGGUAAAGCUUUAAUUCAAGAAAAGGUAGCGAAAAACCGUGAAGAAAUGUUUGAUUUUUAUCAAACAUUGAUUGAUGAACAUCGCAGUACUCUUGACAUUAAUAAUGUCAGAGAUCUGAUUGACGUUUAUUUAGUUGAAAUAGAAAAAGCUAAAAUUGAAGGAACAGAAGGCGAAUUAUUUGAGGGAAGAGAUAGUGAAUUACAACUUAAACAAAUUCUUGGGGAUCUAUUUUCUGCGGGCAUGGAAACAAUUAAAUCAUCUUUACUGUGGAUGAUUGUUUUCAUGCUAAGAAACCCGGAUGUAAAGAGACGUGUUCAAGAAGAACUCGACUCAGUCAUCGGGCGCGAGCGCUUGCCUACUAUCGCAGACAUGCCUAAUCUUCCUUACACAGAAACAACGAUACUUGAGACAUUACGAAUAUCGAGUAUAGUCCCAUUGGCAACUACACAUUCUCCUACAAAAGAUGUUCAUCUCAAUGGCUACAAAAUUCCGGCGGGUUCCCAGGUCGUACCACUUAUUAACUGUGUUCAUAUGGACCCAAACUUGUGGGAUGAACCGAAUAAGUUUAACCCGAGCAGAUUCACAGAUGAGAAUGGGAAAAUUAAGCGGCCUGAAUUUUUCAUGCCUUUUGGAGUUGGACGGCGAAUGUGUUUGGGUGAUGUUUUAGCUCGUAUGGAAAUGUUCAUGUUCUUCGCGAGUAUGAUGCAUCAGUUCGAUAUGCAAACAGAGGAAGGUGCUGCUCCACCGUCUCUUGAAGGAACCGUCGGUGCCACGAUCGCCCCGGAAAAUUUCCGCGUGAAGUUCGUACCUCGCGCGCCUCCCGCUCCACCUGCUGUAGUCCUGCAUGAUCACCCGCACUUGCGCCAUGUCGGCGCCCACUAAGCGCAUCGCUUACAUUGCCACAAUAUACCCACCAGUAUUCCAUGAUCACUCGUUUUAGAGCGCAUCGAUGACAAUUUAAUUUAGUUAUUAUUAAGUAACGAUAUCGCUACGGCGAAGGUCGAGGCUGUGCAUAAAGUGUUCAAUAAAAUAUUAAACCGAACUUUAAAUUUAGUUCCACUAAAAUUCCCAUCGUUGAGAUUGUCAAUUGUUAUUUUAUAACUUCAGUAUUAUGUAUAGAUUUUCGAUCUAUGAGAUCUUUGUGAAUCGUACACAUCGAAUGAAGCAGUUUCGUAUUAAAAUGUAGUUAGUUCACUGACAUCAUAAGCUCUAGUUUCCUAUACCAAAAUAUAUGUAUAUUGUAAAACGUUAUUUAUUCAUAGGUACCACUUGCGAGUGUUUUCUGUUGAGUGUGAUCUCAUGUAUGAAUAAAUUAGUAUUUUUUUAAGGUAUGUAAGUGUUCAUUUUUAAAUUUCUAGUUAAAUAUGUACCUAUCAUGAGUAAUAUACUAAGUAACAUUCCAUGGUAGAGUAGAAACCAGCAACUAGUCUAAGAGCGGUAACAUUUGUCGCCAUAAGUAUAUUCUUAAAUUACAUAAUUUAAUGACAGUUAUUGCAAUAGUGUUUUUCAAAUAUUUCAAAAGACAUUGUUAGCAACAAAGUUGCCUUUCAUAGCAUAGAAACGAUGGAUUGUACUAUCUUUGACCCUCGCUUUGUAAAUAUCGCAUUAUUUUUAAUGAAUUACAAAUUGUAUUUUAAAAUAAACGAUAAUAAUUUCUUAAA